UCUCCUGGUGGUUCUCCUGCUGGUUCUACUGCUGGUUCUCCUGCUGGUUCUACUGCUGGUUCUCCUGCUGGUUCUACUGCUGGUUCUCCUGCUGGUUCUCCAGGUGAGCAGCCAUGCUGGGACGGACAGGAGCCCUCACUGGUCGUUGCAGGUUUGAGCUUCAUCAGUGCUGCUAUCUCUCCUCCUCUGCGCCGCCCCCUGAGCUCCCCAGACUCCAUUACCCAGCAGGCAGUGGGAGCAGGAAGUACAGGGCAGAGCAGGAGGUGGGACCAAUGAGUCCAGCUCAGAUCAGCCGCAUCCUAAAGGCCAACGAGUAUAGCCACACCCUCCCCCGAGGCCCCGCAUCCCAUGGGGUUCUUGGUUUCCAUAGUAACAUGUUGCCAUCCAACCACCCUGGCGAGGACCGUCGGAGCAGCGCCACCUGCCUUCCAGGCCGCGGCGGUGUGCUCUUUGGCGUGUUUGACGGUCACGCUGGUCCAGCGUGCGCUCACGCUGUCAGUCAGAGACUCCUCUAUUACAUCGCCGUGGCAACGCUGCCACUGAGGACACUGGCCGAGCUCGAACAGGCCGUGGAAGAGGAACGGGCCGUACCGCCGCUGCUGGAGUGGCACAAAUACCCCCAGGAUCAUCCCGACGGAGGAGCGAGCUUCUUCCACAGCCUCCGACACUACUGGCAGGAGCGUCUGGAGGACGAGGAUGAAGAGGAAGAGGAGGAGGCGGAGCCGGAGGAGGAUUGUGGGAGGGUGACGUCGGCGCUGGUCAACGCUUUUCGUCGUCUUGACUACGACAUUUCUGUGGAGGCCCAAGUCCACCUGUCCAUGUCCUCACCCAGCAGGCGUUUGUCUCUUCCCGGGGAGGGACUGUCUGUGUCCUCACCGCUCCGCGUGGCGCUGUCAGGCUGCACGGCCUGUGUCACCCACAUCUCCAAUGGCGUCCUGCACGUGGCCAACCUGGGAGACAGCCGGGCCGUCCUCGGCGUCCAGGAGUCAGACGGGAGCUGGUCGGCGGUCAGCCUCAGCAAUGACCAUAAUGCACAGAACCCGGAUGAGCUGCAAAGGAUUCUGGGAGAACAUCCGCCAUCGGAGUGGAGGACGGUGGUCCGUCACGACCGCCUGCUGGGUCUGCUGCUGCCGUUCAGGGCAUUCGGUGACGUCCGCUUCAAAUGGAGCGCAGAGACGUUGAACCGGGUUUAUGAAACCCGACCGGACUUGAUGUCGGUGGUCAGUGAGGCGGUCCGGACUUCCACCCUGCAUUACCUGACCCCGCCCUACCUGAGCGCCCAACCUGAGGUCACCCGACACAGAAUCAGACCCUCCGACAAGUUUCUGGUCCUGGCGACUGACGGACUCUGGGAGCUGAUGCACCGACAGACCGUGGUGGAGCUGGUGGGAGAACAGCUGACAGGUCUUCAACAGCAAGCACCCAUAAUUCCCGGCGCUGGAACAACACUGGGCGGCCUGCAGCGCCUCCUGUUGGAGAGGAAGGGGCGGGUUCUGUCUGUACUGGAGGACCAGAACGCCACCACCCACCUGCUCCGCCACGCCCUGGGGGAUGACGGGUACGGAUCGGUGGCUCCAAACCGUCUGGCCAAGAUGCUGAGUCUGCCCACAGAUCUGGCCAGGAGGUACCGUGAUGACAUCACCAUCACCGUCAUCCAGCUGAACGAGGUCGACCUUUAAGGAGCUUGUGUGUUAACCCGCCAGGUGACUGAUGAGAAACUGUUUUUUCACUCUAAACUGUGUUACAUUUUCUCCUCCUGCUGUUUGUCUCUUUAACGGUGGCCCAAAGUGGACACACAUCCAGACUUCUUACCUGUGAUUUUAUUUAUUUCUCACGUUCUCAACUUUUUUGUCUCAGGACAGUAAGGCCGGGUUCCUGCGUUACUUUAAGACCUCGAGAAAAUAACUUAUCACAUCAACUUAAAAUAUCUGUUUUUAUUCAAGAUAGCAGUUUUGUAGGGCUCAAAAUUGGUCUUGGUCAGUCAAGACGAAGAAGAGGUACAGUAAACUACUGAAUCCAUGCUGUGAAUCAGAGGAGAUUUAGAAGCGAGAAUGCUGCACUACACCACUGGGUGUUACCGUCUAAGUGACACGCCCCCUGCACACAAGAUGAGGAUUUUUCAGUGAUAUUUAUGGUCUCGGUUUCAACCCCUACAUUUCAUGGUCUAGCCCUGGUCUUUGUCUCUGGUCAGUGUGGUCUUGACUAAAACUCUACACGAUAGCAACAUAUAUGUCGAGAUAUACAAGAAAUAUAAGGAUGUUUGUCCUCUAUGGGCUUCCGUACAUUUUAACAAUUAAUUUAGUCAUCAGUUAAUACAUUUAAAAUAUGUCUGUUCCUAUCAGGUUAUGGAAGACAUUGUGGUUUUUUUUUUAACCUUCUUGGCGCUCUGCUGUUUAAAUGAA